GCCCACGCUUGGUGGAGUCGUGGCAGCAGUAGUAACACGUGUGUGAGCAGCUGUUCACAGGGCAGGCUGUGUCCGUCAGUCGCACGCUGUCUCUCUCUCUCUUCGUGUGUGUGCCUGUUGGUCUGUGUGUGUGUGCUUAUCUCUUUGUCUCAGUUUCUUUUUGUCUCUCUCGGUCUAUGUCUACCUGUCUAUCUGUCUGCCUGCCUGUCCUUGACGGUCUCUUCGCCUCUCUAUUUGUUGGGCUGUCUGCCCGUCCGACCCUACAUCCGUCCGUCCGUCGGUCUGCCUGGCUGCCUGCCUUCCUGCCGAACUAAUAGCCCAGUAUCUGUCCGUCUGUCUGCUUUCCUGCCUUCCUGAAUAUCUGGCCGCCCUUCUGUCUGUACUUCCCAUUCAUCCAUCCGCCCAUCCCUCUGUCAACCCAUCCAUCUGCCUCUCUUAUCUGCAUAUCUGACCGCCUAUCCCUAAAACCCACCCACCCAAACAACCCCAUUCAUCCCCCAUCCCCCUGCGUCUGUCGUUCUCUCCAUAUAUAUCUGCCUUGCGUCUUCUUGCCCGACAACUCAUCCGGACAUCCUCCUUCCGUCUGCCUAUCCGUUCACCCGCUCUGUUGUCCAUCUCAUCCCUCUCGCCUCCCAUCCACCCAAAGUUUACGCAAUCCCCCACGUGCGUCCGCCCGCUCGCCCGCCUCGAGCCGCGUGAAUCUAUCGGUGUAACGGGGGACCCCCCCACCCACCACGCAGCUCCGAGCGGCCGCAGUCAAAGCCUCUAAAACGUCGGCAGAGACGGACGGGGAAGGAGCCGAGAGGCAGGAAGAAGAGGGAGCAGGGGAAGAGGGAGGGCAAUGGCUUCUGGCGGGACGGACACGGACACGGGGCCUGGCCGGGUUCUGUUCGAGGCGGCGGGACCCCAGCAGGAAGCUCACCCCGAGCAGCGGAGGCCGUGGAAGGUGACCGUCAAAUACGACCGCAAAGAGCUGCAGAAGCGCCUCGAGCUUGAGGAGUGGAUGGAGGCGCAGCUCGGACAACUCUUCCCCGGCGGGGAGGCGGACGUCCCUGAUCUGGAGAUCGAUGUGGAGGAGCUCCUGGAACUGGACGAAGAUGAGGACAAGGCGAAGAAAUUGCGGGUGAUCCUGCAGGGCUGCAGUAAAAACCCAGAGGGCUUCAUCCGUGAGUUGCUGCAGAGGCUGAAGAGUGUUCGCAAGCUGAGCACGCCGCAGAAGAAGUGAAUCCUCGUGUGCGGCGCGCGGUGAUGAACGACGCGCUUGAACGGCUUCUUUCGCGUCCCCUUGCCGUAGCCGCAUAGGCAGCGUCUUAAAGAGGAAAAGAUCAAACACAACGGACAAAAAGUCAAUCAAAGUUUCUUUAAUCAAACGUAUUGCUCUGGCCGUAAUUCGCACUCUCAUAAGCAAACGGGAAAUGCAUUGAAGUUGUUUUUUUUUUAUUAAGCAACUGCUACAGGAGCUCUCUCUGGAGCUCUUGGUCAUGGAGAGGCCAUUCCGCCAGCAGUGACGAGAGCAAGAAAUUGCAGGGAUGCACCUUUACCUUUUUUAAAAAAAGCCCGAGGCACCAGGCCCCGGUGCGUUGUGAAUUUAUGACUGACGGCAGCAGUCACGGCAUUCGCAAGUCUUUCCAAUAUUCUUACGUCACCUUCCACACGUGCGCGCACUUUUAAAUCAUCUCGAUUUAAAACGAAUCUUUUUAGAACUGAUUUUUGUGUUUAGUUUGUUGUCCUUCCUCCUCCCCCCCCCCGCCACACCUCCCAAUUAGCAAGGUUCGGCUACGUACGGUGCGAAAGAAGUUCAACAUACACACAUACGCGCUUGCAUUCCGCUCUGUUGAGACGCCACCAGUGCGAUCCUACAGGCGUUCAACGCGGCCACAGGGAGAAGAAGAAGCGUGAAUCAACGUUUAUUCUGGCAGAUCUCUUCAUGUAUGUACGGGCUCCCAGAUGACGGUCACGCUCGACAUCGCAGCCUCGUCAUCCACGUUUCCCAACGAAGGUCGACGGCGUGAAUGCGCGAGUUUGUAGCACGCGGGCUUCCGAGAGCGAUAUUGUCCACGAUUUGUUGUGGGGUUGGAUCGCGUGGUCAGGCCUCGAGCUCUGCCCAUCUGCCUCCAGCAUGGCGACACGCCGACUCCCGUGAACAUGAUCCAAUUUGAACGAAACCUGUACUGCGAUAGUCCUCCCUCUUGUUGUUGGUGUGCAGAUCCCCUCCCGCAGGUUUGCAAGGCCACAAUGGCACACAGAGGGAUCACAUGUCCUCACACCACGAGUCAAUGCGGUUGUUAGUGUAAGGCUAUUUGUUUCACGAUGCGUCCAAGUGAGUUUCGCUUGCUGCGUGUGUGGAAUAUAUGUUGGAACUUCUUUCGCACCGUACGUAGCCAACCGUGCUAAUUGGAGGUUGCGUAUCGGUGACAACGUUAGGUCGGUAACGCCUUGUAAAAAAAUUAAUACCGGGACUGGAUUAAGUUUUGAUGGACGGAGGGGGGGGCCUGUCCAUGGCUGUUAUAGUUUGUUUGCGUGGUGGGAGGGAGGGAGGCAUUUUCUGUUGGUAAAUGUGAACUUUCAAGCCAAAUCAAAAGUUUUAACGAACAAAAAACAAGGUUCAGUUCGGGACACAGACGACAGUGUGAUACGCAGAAUGACGCUGUGGCAUUACCUACCAGAUUACACUGUAUGGGGAUGUAUUAUCAUGCUGGAGUAUUGCGUUUCAACCAUUAUAAAGCAGUCUUUUAACAUGUAUAAAAUUAUAUUUAUAUUUGGGGUUCCUCAACAUCCCAUGUCUCGGGUUCUCGUUAAUCCGGCCCUGGUUGAAAAAAAAUAAUAAUAAUUGUAUUUAAUAUGGCGCCAAUCAUGCAAAUCGGAUCUCAGAAUCAGAAUAUUUCUACUGGAGGAAUCCGAUGAGCUAUGAAGCUCUUUUUUACAGGUGUCCAGUAGGGGUGGGUGAGAACGUGACAACAACAAGCAACACAGAAGCACGAUAGGAGUGCAAAGUAUAGGUAGGGUAAAUAAAUCACUUAAUAAAACAUCCAAAUGAAAUGAAACUUUUUUUUAAUUUCUUUUAACCAGGUAGAGCCCACUGAGCCGUUAGCUUCUUUUUCAGAAGCGACCUGGCCACAAAUGAUAAGCUCAGCGACGUAGCUUACCUCAAGUCGCUGAACAAUGCGAACCAUAGUUUAACAGUUUAACACGUAGUAUUGUUCAUAACAGAGGUUUUGGGUUCGAUCGCGUUAUUUUAAAUGUGUCGCGUUCACAACAACAAAUACCACUGACGUGACCGCCACAGAGACUCGACACAACAAGACAACUGGUUCGUGUGGGGCGUUGUGGUGGGGGAGGUAGGGGGGAGUGACAAGUGUAACGCAACUUGUGUGCCAGGUCUCGCCUUGUCCAGGGCAAAUGCCGUCUCAGUCUCCUGCAGCUGCGGUUUUCGCCGAAACUCAUCGCUCAAAGGUGUCGCUCGUGUGCCUAAAUGCGUCCGCUCACCCGGCUCGCAGAGUAAUCGUAAUGACAGAGUAGUAAUAAUAGCACCGACAUCACUGGCACGAGAUAAAUAAGGGGGGCUUCCUGCUGUUAAAAUCUCAGUGCUGGUUUUUAAUCAAAGCCUUGGGGGGGUUUGGGCUUUUCCGUCUGCAUAUCUUUGGUACGAUCCCGCCGGCGCGGGCAGUUUGAAACAACGGUGGAGAGGUUUCUUGAAUUCCAUGAGAUGCCUCGUACCCGCGGAUUAACGUCGUGCCGGUAGCACAAUUAUCCAUAAAGAAAAAAAGUGGGAAAAGACCAAAAAAUAAAAACCUCGCAUUUUUAUCAUUGA